AUGGUGGUGAAAAAGAUAUUGUGGGUUUGGAUUUUGGUCACAUUAUUGACUUUGGUUGGCGAGUGGUAUGGUCGUUGCUAUGGGUGUUUGGAGGAAGAGAGAAUUGGUCUCUUGGAGAUCAAAGCUUUGAUCGAGCCAAAUCACCUUUCCUUGGGAGAUUGGGUGGACAGUAGUAAUUGUUGUGAGUGGUCUAGGAUCGAGUGUGAUAACACUACAAGGCGAGUGAUCCGACUCUCUCUUUGGGCUGCAAGUGAUUGGCGCUUGGGCGAUUGGGUUCUCAACGCAUCUUUGUUUCUGCCUUUUAAGGAAUUGCAUAGUCUUGAUUUGAGUGCUAAUGGAUUAGUUGGUUGCUCUGAGAAUGAGGGCUUUGAAGUCCUAUCAUCAAAACUGAGGAAACUGGAAGUACUUGACCUAAGUCUGAACCGAUUUAAUAAUGAUAAAGGAUUUUUAUCAUGCUUCAAUGGGCUUUCCGCUCUCAAGUCUUUGGACCUAUCAGACAUUGAGGUGACAGGAUCAGGUCUCAAAGUCUUGUCAUCAAGGUUGAAAAAUCUGGAGAACCUUGACCUGCGUGACAAUCAAUACAACGACAGCAUUUUUUCAUUUUUAAGUGGAUUUUCAUAUCUCAAGCAUUUAGAUCUGUCAUUCAAUCACCUGACAGGAUCUACUGGUAUCAAUAGAACUUUCUUCAAUUCGAGCACCCUUGAAGAAUUGUAUCUAGAUGGUAGUUCUCUCCCAUUAAACUUUCUCCAGAACAUCGGAGCAUUGCCUGCUCUUAAAGUAUUGUCUGUUGGCCAAUGUGACCUCAAUGGCACCUUGCCCGCUCAAGGGUUGUGUAAUUCGUCUAGCCUUGAAGAAGUGUUCCUCGAUGGUUCUUCUAAUAUCCCAGCAAGCUUUCUUAGGAACAUUGGACCCUUGUCUACUCUUAAAGUCCUAUCCUUGAGCGGAGUUGACUUCAAUAGCACCCUACCUGCUCAAGGCUGGUGUGAACUGAAGAAUCUUGAACAGCUAUAUCUCUCACGAAACAAUCUAAAGGGCGUGCUCCCUCCUUGUUUGGGAAAUCUAUCAUUUCUACAAAUCUUGGAUUUAUCUCGCAAUCAAUUGGAGGGAAAUAUUGCCCUUAGUCACCUUUCCCAUCUUACGCAGCUUGAAGACCUCAAAGUUUCAAAUAACUACUUUCAAGUUCCAAUAUCAUUUGGUUCAUUUAUGAACCUCUCCAACCUCAAGGUCAUUGCAUGCGAUAACAAUGAGCUAAUAGCUGCACCCAGUUUUCAGCCUUCAGCUCCCAAGUUCCAGCUUCUUUACUUUAGCGCUUCAAACUGUACUUCAAAACCACUCAAAGCUGGAUUUCCAAACUUCCUGCGUAGCCAACAUGAUUUGGUGUUUGUUGAUCUAUCCCACAACAAAUUCGUUGGAGAACCUUUCCCAUCUUGGCUGUUUGAGAAUAAUAGAUUGUUAAAUCGACUACAUUUGAGAGACACCUCAUUUAUAGGUGGUCCUUUGCAGCUGCCACAACAUCCAACACCCAACCUUCAGACAGUAGAUAUGUCUGGCAACAACAUACAUGGUCAAGUUGCAAGAAACAUAUGUUCGAUUUUUCCACGUUUGAAGAACUUCGUGAUGGCUAACAACAGCCUCACAGGUUGUAUUCCUCCUUGUUUUGGGAAUAUGAGCUCUCUCGGAUACUUGGAUCUUUCCAACAAUCACAUGUCUUGUGAACUGCUUGGGCAUAAUUUGCCAACAGUAGGCUCCUCGUUGUGGUUUUUGAAGCUGUCCAAUAACAAUUUCAAAGGGCGAUUACCACUCUCUGUGUUCAACAUGACUAACCUAUCGUACCUCUUUCUCGAUGGAAACAAAUUUGCAGGACAAGUAUCUGGUACCUUUUCUCUUGCAUCAUCAUUUUCGUGGUUUGAUAUCAGUAACAAUCUUUUGUCAGGCAUGCUUCCAAGGGGAAUUGGGAACUCUUCACGAAACAGCUUUGCUCAGGCAAUUGAUUUGUCCAGAAAUCAUUUUAAAGGUACCAUUCCAAUAGAAUAUUUCAACUCCGAUUCUCUUGAAUAUUUAGAUCUUUCUGAAAACAAUCUGUCUGGGUCUUUGCCGUUGGGCUUCCAUGCAUCAGAUUUACGCUAUGUCCACCUUUACAGAAAUCAAUUGAGCGGUCCACUGCCAUAUGCUUUUUGUAAUCUCUCUUCGUUGGUUAUAUUUGAUCUCGGCGAUAACAACUUAACUGGGCCCAUUCCAAAUUGGAUUGAUAGCCUUUCGGAAUUGAGCAUUUUUGUUCUCAAAUCUAAUCAAUUCAAUGGGAAACUUCCUCAACAGUUAUGCUUGUUAAGGAAAUUAAGCAUAUUGGAUCUUUCAGAAAAUAAAUUUUCUGGUCUGUUACCCUCAUGUUUGAGCAAUUUAAAUUUUACGGCAUCAGAUGAAAAAACUUCGGUUGAACCUGUUAUGAUGUCACGAGAUGCUGAAAAACGGGAAGAAAUAUUUGCAUCCAUAGGUUUUUAUCUUCAAGAACAAACUGUGUGGCCAGAGAUUGAUGUAAAAAUAGCUGUGGAGCUUACAGCAAAGAAAAAUUUCUACACUUACGAGGGCGAUAUCCUUCGUUACAUGUCUGCUGUGGAUCUGUCUUGUAACAGAUUCACUGGAGAAAUCCCGACAGAAUGGGGAAACUUAAGUGGCAUAUUCGCUCUAAAUCUGUCACAAAAUAAUCUCACGGGAUUGAUCCCUUCAUCUUUCUCCAAUCUGAAGUAUAUAGAGAGCUUGGAUCUUUCUCACAACAACUUGAAUGGGAGAAUUCCUGCACAACUCGUUGAACUGAACUUUCUAGCAGUUUUCAACGUGUCGUACAAUAAUUUGUCAGGAAGAACACCGGAGAUGAAAUAUCAAUUUGCUACCUUUGAUGAGAGCAGUUAUAAAGGGAAUCCUCUUCUUUUUGGACCUCCAUUGCAAAACAGUUGCGAUAAAACAGAAUCACCAUCAGCGAGAUUGCCUAACGAUUCCAACGGAGAUGAUGGAUUAAUAGACAUGGACAGUUUCUAUGCCAGCUUUGGUGUGUUUUACAUAAUUGUGGUGUUGACAAUUGCAGCAUUACUGUGCAUAAAUCCGCAUUGGCGACGCAGGUGGUUUUACUUCAUUGAAGAAUGCAUUGACACUUGCUACUGCUUUUUGGCUAUAAACUUUCGCAAGUUCAGAUUCAGAAGGUGAUUGGGUCUUAUCAUG